AUGUCGAAUUUUGAUGAGAAGCAAUGGCUUGAUGAUGCUAAAGACUAUAUCAGACAUAAGAUUAAGCCCUAUGAGGCGCCACCUUGCAUUUUCAGUAUAUCAAAGGCCUUGUUGGAGGAAUGUAAAGAUGCGUAUGUGCCUCAAAUUGUUUCCAUUGGCCCUUGCCAUUUCGGAAAAGAGCAUCUCACUGGAAUGGAAAGAUUCAAAAGCGAUGCAGUACGAAGAGAGGUUCUUAGAAUUCAGUUUGCAACUGAUAAUUCUGACUUUAAAUUUGAGCAAGUGAUUGAAAGAAUUAAAAGUAGGGGAGAGGAGAUAAAGCGGUGCUAUGAUAAGGGAACACAAUUCAAUGGUGAGGUACUGCAUUGGAUGGUGGCGAGGGAUGCUUGUUUCAUCCUUGAAUUUUUCAGAAAUCACCUCUCUGGAGUACAAGAAGAUGAUUAUGAUGGUGAUGAUGAUGAUAUGUCCUUCAAAAACGACUUUGAGUUUCCGCCGAAGCUUCAUCCCAUUUUCGGAAAGAAGUCUGAGAAUCCUGGGGUUAAGUCCGAGAUCAAGAAGGAUUUAAUCAAGUUAGAUAAUCAAAUACCACUCUUUGUCUUGGAGGAUAUUCUGGCUAUGGAGAUGAGCGAUUCCCCAGAUAGGGCCAACGCUAAACUGGACAAGUUGCUGAGGACCAUGUUCGACAAAAUCUACCAUCGGCCGUUCGAGUUUUGUGGAAAGACCAAAUCGGAGAGGCGGAACCAUAUCUUGGAUAUAUAUCACCAUUCGUGCCUUGGAGCUGUGACAGCUGAAAAUGAAGAGGAAACUGGAAAUGAAUUGAAACUAAACGUUUGUUGCCCAUGUUUUACAGGUUCAAAUGGUGUUCAGUGCUCGUGUUUUGAACGGCCUCUCCAACAAUCCGAAAAGUUACGAAAACAUAUUGAGCGGAAGAGAUCCAAACCUCCUUCGACUGCAGUUGGAGGAAGCUGUGAGAAUGUCAAAGCUUCCAAACAACGGAAGGAGUGGUGGCUCAAGAUUCCAUCUGCUGUUGAAUUAAAGAAUGGAGGAGUGAAAUUCCUGACCAAUGCUAGAGAAGUGACCGACAUUAGAUAUGAAGGGAAAACUCUCACUUUGGUGCCGCUGAAAUUGGAUGUGGACUCAGAAGUAUAUAUAAGAAAUUUGAUUGCCCUGGAGAUUUGUUCUCCAGACUACAAGCACAAAAGAAUGACUGCAUAUUGUCAGUUUAUGUAUGAGCUGUGCCGAACAGACAAGGGAGUAGAUGUGAUGAGACAGAAGGGCGUCAUUAUUGGUAAUCUUUGGUACAGCAAACGAGUCACCCAGCUGUUGAGCGUCUCCAACCUCACAAUUUCCCAACCAGCGUGCAAAUCCAUCAAAGAAACAAGGGAAAAACUGAGCAACUGCUAUAAGACACGUCGGUCUAUUCUUCUUAGAAGCCUCUGGACUGAAUUCUGGAACGCUUACGGUUCAAAACCAUGGCUGGUGGUUGGAGGCUUCGGAGCAACCCUUGUCCUGUGUCUUACUGCCAUCCAGGUCUUUUGCUUGUUUAAACACUGUGGAGCGUGA